GGCUACGCUCGCGUUACAUAAACUUGGAACAAUAUCACAAUGCCGGUAGAUAGGAAAUAUGUGAGAAAAACUUAUGUUCUAAGCUUCCUAAUGUACCUAUAAUUUACAAAGUUCAUCUAUGUGUUAAUGGUUGUGCUAAAAACAGUGAAUAAUCGUGAUUAUGUAGCGGUUUUCGGUUCCUUCCUUUCGAUUUUGAAAACGGAAAUAAGAUGCAUAAUCAACAAAAAAGUGCAAUGAAGUUAACAAAACAAAGUUAAGUGAAAACAAUGGGAAAAGUGUCAAUGAUUCAAACAUGAAGAUUUACAAGAAAUUAUUUUGGACUUUAUUGCAAGGCUUCGUUUUGUUACCGACGAUAGCGUUGCGAGAUUCGCACGUGGUGAACAGAAAACUGAUCGAUGUGCCCCAGUUUGAGCGACCCAUCGGCAACCAUACAUUCCACAUUGGAAAAGAAGCCGUCCUUGGUUGUUCUGUCAUUAAUCUAGGAAAACAUAAGGUUGGUUGGCUUCGAGCAGAAGACCAGACCGUCUUAUCCCUCAACGAUCGAGUGGUCCUCAGUCCUCGGUACUCCGUGAACUUGGACACUCCCAGCACUUGGCAGCUGAGAAUCAGGCCUCUGAGGGCAGAGGACCGUGGCUGCUACAUGUGUCAAAUCAACACGCAGCCCAGCAUGAAGUGGCAGAUUGGGUGCAUCGAUGUUUAUGUUCCUCCUGAUAUAAUCAAUGAAGAGACGUCAGCGGACGUGUCAGCUCAGGAGAUGGACAAUGUGACCCUGCUCUGCAGAGCCUCAGGCCACCCUCCUCCGAAAAUCACUUGGAGAAGGGAAGACCACGAGCCUAUGCUGUUGAAGAAAGUUGGCAGUAGGGAUUUUUACAAAGUGGAGAGCUACGUGGGCAGUUCGCUGCCACUGUGGCGCGUGGACCGCCGGCAGAUGGGUGCGUUCUUGUGCAUCGCAGCCAAUGACGUGCCGCCCGCCGUCAGCAAGCGGAUCAUACUUAAUGUUAACUUUUCACCAACGGUGAUAGUGCCAAACCAAUUGCUGGGCGCGCCUCUCGGCACUGACGUAAUACUAGAAUGCACAGUGGAAGCCUAUCCUAACACUAUCAACUAUUGGCUCAAGAACAGAGGAGAGAUGCUUCUUGAUGGGCCAAAGUACGUGAUAGGCGAGGGGCGGUCUUCCUACAGGGUGAUGAUGAAGCUCACCAUCAGAAAUUUCUCAAAAAACGACAUCGGUACUUACAACUGUGUGAGUACCAACUCAUUAGGAAAGAGUGAGGGCACUCUUAGACUUUAUGAAAUAAAACUGUAUCCUAGUUCCCAAUCGUCGGCCGAAGUUAACAUAGGAGGUCUAACAGAAGGUGCCGUGAAACAAAAAUCACAAUACAACAGUUCAACGACCUUUCCAAGAACGAUUGCCAUAAUUGUUCUACUAACAUUAUUACAAGUAUAUUAGGCUGCUAUUGUUAUGUGAUAAUUUAAUGUAAAUAUGUACAUACAUUUGACACGGUCAUUAAACAUGUAAGCGUUAUAUUUUAGUAUAAUAAUAUCUACUGUUUUGUUUCAACUGAAACUCUGAUUAGGUUUUGUUUUGGUAGAAGAUUUCGUGGUUAGCAACCUGGCUCAUUGUAAGGUAUUUAGAUGUAUAUAUUUAUCCACAGCUAUGCGGUAUAAAAAACAAGAACUGUAACAAAAAUAAUACUUUCAUGCAUUAACUUCCAAGUUUCUUUUUGUCAUCCUUCUAUACUGUAUAUUUUUAUAUUUUAA